AUGCCUGCUGUCGGUGACCAACAUCGAGGCGGGCCCUCCGCCAUCACGAUGCCCAAUGCACCAGCUCUUAUUGCGAGAAAUCCAUUUGGAGAGACACCACAGCGACAAAACGAAUAUACCCCGGAAGAAUCAGCCACAUUGCAAGCACGUCUCGAUAAGAAGUUGGGACCCGAAUACAUUUCCUCACGACCGGGGGCUGCUGGUCAGAAAGUGCACUAUCUGGCGGCCGAUAAAUGCAUCAAUCUUGCGAACGAAGUAUUUGGAUUUAAUGGCUGGUCAAGUUCCAUUCAAAAUAUUGGAAUUGACUUUGUCGAAGAAUCUCCAAAUACCGGAAGGGUCAAUAUUGGUCUAUCUGUGAUAAUGCGGGUUACCUUAAAAGAUGGAACUUACCAUGAAGACAUCGGGUAUGGGCACAUUGACAACUGCAAGGGCAAAGCAGCAGCUUUUGAAAAGGCCAAGAAAGAAGCAACAACAGAUGCUCUCAAACGAGCUCUGCGGAACUUUGGCAACGUUUUAGGCAACUGUAUCUAUGACAAGGACUAUGUUUCCAAAGUUGUCAAAGUUAAGACACUACCAACAAAACUGGACAUCGAUGGGCUUCACCGUCACCCGGAUUUUGCUCCAAUAAAGAAGGAGCCAUUGCAGCCAAAGCCUCGACCUGAGGACGAUGACCUACCUCCCCGUCCCACAAUUAUCGGGAACAGCAAUUCGUCGGCCGGCAAUUCCGCUUACGAUUUUGACGGAGAGUUUGGGAGCGAUGUAUUUGAUGAAGCGGACUUUAGCGUCGGUCCAGGCGGCAAUCCAGAUGAAGUAGUCAUCGAAUCGGACAUGCAGAGGAGGCAGCAACCGCCAACGCCAGUUGGAAGACCAAACGGGCCCCAAAGACCCUUUAACAACAACGCUGGUCCCCAUGGCAGGCCAGCCCCAUCAGUCGUAACACCGUCCAAACCAGAAAGACCGAUAGCUCAAGCUCCAGGGGCUAGGCACGUCUCCGUUCCCCCAGCCGCAAACGGUCGUCAGUAUCCUCCAGUAACCCAAGACCAAUACGCAAACCAAAGACGCUCCCUCCCUCCCCAAGAUGUUCAGAAAGGCUUCCAAAACGGAAACCAGAUACCCCCUGGGCAACACAGUACCGGUCAUCACAUGGCAACAUCAGGUCCCAAUGCUCAAUUCCCUAUAAAACAAGAGUUUGGCGCAGCCCCUCAAGGUCAAAGCAUGCCUCCUCCAGGGACACCAGGUGUAGACGGCCAACGGCCUGCACCUGUUGGAUUCUUCUCAGCUCGAGGAGCUGACGUGUUGCGAGACAAUCCCCACGGUGCGGCAGCUGCGUUCGACCCUCAUGCCGAAAGUCCCUCAAUUCGUAAGACAGCUGGAGUUGAUCAUAGCAAGAGUGUCGCUAUCUCAAAACCUAUGUUAGCUGGUGCGUCGCUCGCCACAAAUCCUUCCCGAGAUUUCAUCAAUCCUUCCGCUGAAAUGCACCGAAAAAUCGGUGCCCCCGGCGGUAGUGCAGUCGGCAGCCCGAUGAAUAGGGCUCCAAGUACUUCAUCAUAUCGCCCUCUCACACGACCAAACAUUGAUCCCAGGUCUGCUGCGAGCAACUCUGCCGCGAAUAGGGGAGGAUUCGGACCACCUAAUCUCAAUGGGAAACGACCACCCUUAAGUGAUGUAACCAACGCAUCUGCACCUGGUAGCAGCGGGCCUGCUCCCAUUACUAGUGCUAACGAUCCAAAGAGAGUUAAAUUCGACGCGGCGCUACCACCAGCACAGCAGCAGCAGCAUCCACAACAGGACUAA